AUGUUGUGGCUCAAGGAAAGCGACGUUUUCGACUCAAAGUAUCUCUCAGAAAUACAAGUCUUUUUAUGUAUCAGUGAUCUACAGCUACAGUGUACUCUCUGGGGUGAUUAUGCGAAACAAGUGUCUGAUUAUGUUAAGCGUAACUCUGCAUCAGUUGUUUUGAUUUUGAUUAGACUUGCUUGCAUCAAAGAGUACCGUGGUGAGGUUAGUGUUUCGAAUGCAUUCAGUACGACUCUCAUCUUGAUGGAUCCAGUUACAACAUACGCAACUAGAUUUCGAUCAGAGUUGCCAAAUAAUAGAUAUAUACUUACACCAGUCGAAGAGGAAGCUUCUAAGGAUUCUGAUGAGGUUUUGAUUGAGGAUUUUUUUGGUGAUAAUAUCUAUAGGAGAACGUUAGAUGGUGUUCACAAUGCCAGCAGGGUUGGCAAGUACGUGACAUUGGUUAGUGUGACUUCGAUAGGCAAUAGUAAUAGUUGGUAUUACAUUGCAUGCAAAACUUGCAAUAAAAAGGUUUAUCCGAUUCCACAGAAGACCAGUGAUAUUGGCCCUCCUUUGUGGAAAUGUGUGAACUGUUUGAAAAAUGUUUUAGAGGUCACUGCUUGCUUUUUUCUUAUGUUGAAUGUCACCGAUGGCGAUGGUGGUUUGGCAGUCUUUCUUCUUUUUGAUCAACAUGCUCAAAGGUUAUUUAAGAAGACAGCUGAAGAAGUUUACGAAGAGUUAGAUGGGGCACCAAUUUCUUUGUCAAGUUCUAUAGAAGAAUCUGAAAGUUCUCCUAUCUCACCAUCUACUCCAGUCUAA